UUUAGUAGGAUUUGCUACUCGGUACGGAAACUUUCUAAGAAAUUUCAGGUAUAUGGUAGCGAAAGGUGUAGAGAGCACAGGAAAACUAAACUGACACAAGCAACUAAGCAGUGACGAACCUGUUUUUAUAAUGGCGGGACUACCUAGAAGAAUACUUAAGGAAACAUCACGACUUAUAUCAGAACCUGUAGCUGGUAUAACUGCACUUCCUGAUGAGCAUAAUGGUAGAUAUUUUCAUGUUACAAUAGCUGGACCUAAAGAUUCUCCCUUCGAAGGAGGUACAUUCACGUUAGAGUUAUUUCUUCCUGAGGAAUAUCCAAUGGCUGCACCGAAAGUGCGCUUUAUGACGAAAAUAUACCAUCCGAAUGUUGAUAAGCUAGGAAGAAUUUGUUUGGAUAUAUUAAAAGAUAAAUGGAGUCCAGCACUUCAAAUAAGAACCGUUCUACUGUCCAUUCAAGCUUUAUUAAGUGCACCAAACCCGGACGAUCCACUGGCCAAUGAUGUGGCUGAAAAGUGGAAGGCUAACGAAGAGCAAGCGAUCGAAACCGCUCGUGCAUGGACAAGGUUAUACGCUUCAAAAUCCUGAAUGACUGUUUUUUGUAUCGAAGAGAUGUUUUAUGUUCCGAUGAGAUCUGCACAACUAAAAGAAGUGGAUGCUCGCAUGAAGAAUUGUACCAAAAACAUAUUUACUCAAACCAUUUUAACUGCAUCAUUUAUUAAGAUGUAACUUUAAUAGCUUUAAAAGCACAUUCCCCUUUGUUUGAUGUUCUUUUCGCAAACAGUGGCCUCCCAAAUGUUUAUCUGUUCCUUCUUGUCGUUAUUUUUGAUUUUUUUUACUUGAAUUCUGAAAAAUGUUUUUAUUCUUACGAAGUGUUUGCAGUUUGACUAACUUGUAAAAAAAUCUAAGCAAACUUUGCUACUUAAAUUUUUGGUCCUGUUGUCCAUAAAUAUUUAGUAAUAUUUUUUUUAAUAUCGGUGUCAUUGUACACGUAAUUACUAGAAAAAUGAUAUGUAGCUGAUGUAAAAUAUUUGUUAUCAUCCCAGUUAGAAGACUCCCCGUUU